GCUGGUCAGCCAAUGAACGGCGAUAUUCAAGUUUAAAAUCCCCACUGUUCUCCCCCCCCCCUUCUGGGUGUCCCGGAUAAGCUUGAUCACCCAAUGGAAUUCAAGUUGCGAGGCAGUUUAUGCAGAUUAACUGUAUUACUCCAUUCCUGAUUGUGCGGAAAGGUUGUGGCUAGGAGAAGGAGGUGCGCAUGCGCGAGGAAGAGGCGCUGAGAAAUCGGAAGGAACCAUCGACGGUGCCCUCUUCAGCCAACCAUGAUCAUCUUACCACCAAGUCUGACAGAGGAAGAGGAAGCUCUGCAAAAAAAAUUUGCCAAAUUCAAGAAGAAGAAAAAAGCCCUCAUGGCCUUAAAGAAACAGCAGAGCUCAACCAGUCAAGCCAGCCAGGGUGGAAUUAAACGCUCCAUCUCAGACCAGCCAGUUGUGGACACAGCUACAGCGACAGAGCAGGCCAAGAUGCUUGUAAAAACCGGAGCUAUCAGUGCCAUUAAAGCUGAGAAUAAGAACUCGGGGUUCAAGCGCUCUCGCACUCUGGAGGGAAAGGGGAAGGAUCCUGAAAAAGGUCCCGCCCUGACUUUCCAGCCUUUUCAGCGGAGCAUCUCGGCAGAUGAUGAUUCUCAAGAGACACGGCGUCCCCAGAGGAAGUCUCUGUACGAAAGCUUUGUGAGCUCCAGCGAUCGACUGCGAGAUCCAGAGAAAGAUCCUGAGCCCAGCAGGGAUCCAGACAAGGAGUCAGACCGGAGUGAAUCCCUUCGUGGUUAUGAGUGGGAUUACGACCGGGAUCGCAGCCGGGACAGGAGCAGGGAUCACGAAAGAGACCGGGAGCGGGAACGGGACAGGGAACGAGAUCGGGAACGAGACAGGGAACGAGAUCGGGAGAGGGAGAGCAGCUUUCGCAGUUCAGAUGCUUUCCCAGAUCGAUGGGCUCCACGCAAAGGCAAUACAGUAUACGUGUACGGGGCGGACAUGAACCAGACCAUGCUACGGACGGCUUUCUCUGCUUUUGGGAACAUCAUCGACCUCUCCAUGGACAAUCCUCGCAACUGUGCAUUUGUCACCUACGAGAAGAUCGAAUCUGCGGAUGAGGCCAUUACCAAGCUCGAUGGUGCCGUUGUGGAAGAUGUACAGCUGAAGGUCAGCAUUGCGCACAAACAGCCCAUGUUGGAUGUAGCCCUUGGAAAAUCAGUCUGGGGAUUGCUGGCUGUGGAGAACAACACCAAGGGGACUCAUCGUGACAAGCGCUCCCAGGUGGAGUACACUGAGGAUUUCUUCUGAAGCUCAUCAGGAAACACCCCCUUGAGGCAAAGGAGAUUUUUGCCUUUGCUGUUUAAUUAAGGUGUUCCAAUAAAUACGGUGUUUUCUA